AUGAGGCUGCGCGGCGUCCACGUUCGUUCCACCCUCCCAUCCUCGCGCUCAGGCAGCGGGGACGUGCUUAUUAACGCCCGUCCUCAUCCUGUCUUCUUCGUGUCCCCACAGCUGCAAGGCUCCCUGCGCAGGAAGCUCGAGGGCCACGCUCCGGGCCCCCUCCCCAAGCAGAACGGCCUCUCCUGUGGCAUCUCCGGCGCUGACUUCAAGCGUGCCCGCCUGGACCGCGGGGGCCUGGGCCCGCCUCACGGCCCCUGCGGCCACAACUUCGCCCAGCCCCAGUCCCUGCAGGGACACCCGUCCUCCUCCUCCUCCUCGUCCUCCUCGGCCUCGUCCAUGGACAGCGUCCUGCACAGGAAGAGCUUCAUGCUGCCGCCGGGCGUGGACGCCGACACCUUCAACCUGACGCUGAAGGAGAUGAAGCAGGAGCCCAGCGAGGUGGCGUCCUGCGGCCAGUCCACCGCCGACAUGAUCUUCGACUUCAAGGAGGAGGGCGGCGGCCAGAUCGACCCCGAGCUGCAGGACCUGUUCGACGAGCUGACCAAGACGGUGCCGUCGCUCAACGACCUGGAGUUCGAGAAGAUGCUGAAGCAGGACGACGCCUUUGGGCUGGACCUGGAGCGGACCGGCUCCACGGGGGUUGGGGGGGGGGCCCGCCGGCCUCUUGCCCUCCUGGGGGACAAGCCCAUCAAGACGGAGUUCUCCCCGACGGACUACUGCCACGCGCACGCCAGCUCGCCUCAGCUGCGGCCGGCGUCGGCGGGGCCCUCCUUCACCAUGACCGGCGGGCCCCUGGCCUCCGCGUCGCCCUCCGCCUUGGGCCAGAAGCCCCCCGGCGGCCCGCCCCCCAGGCCCAUGCCCUGCUGGCCCGAGGUGUCCCACGCGGAGCAGCUCAAGCAGAUGGCGGCGAACCAGCAGCAGCCCAACACCCUGCUCCACCACCAACACCCCCACCCCCAUCACCCCCGCCACCAACACCACCUGCAGCACCACCAGAACGCCCCCGCCGGGAUGGCGGGCUGGGCGCCCUCCGUCAACCCCCACUCCGCCGCCGGCCCCGGCUUCUCCCAGGACAAGGCCCCGCUCAACCCCCAGCGCAUGGCCGGCCCGCAGGCCAAGGGGAUCAACCACUGCCUCUUCAAGGCCAACGGCCACAACGGAGUGGGCGGCGGCCACCUGGACAUGAAGGUCCUGAGCACCAAGCCCACGUUGCACUUCAGUCCCAAGGUGGCGACCUCGCCCAACGCACCCAUGUCCGUGAUGACGGGCGCCCUCAACAAAACCUCAGUCCAGCAGCAGCAGCAGCAGCAGCAGCAGCAGCCGCCGCCGUCGACCCCGGGUCAGAACCAGAACCAGCACCACUACCAGACCUCCCAGAUCCCGGGGCCGGGGUCCCAGUGUCUGCAGCAGAAGGCCCUACCUCAGCACGGACCGGGACUACAUUUCAAACUGGCCCAGCGGCAGGGUAUUUCUCCUGGACCCCGGUUGCCCAUUAACGGCCAGUCUCAGGCACAACAGCGACCUCUGGUGGCCAUCGGACAGCAGAAAAGCCCCGCCAAAACCCCGGUUCUGCAGCGACAGCUCAACCAAUCGCUUCACCCGCUUGGCGAGGCGGACAAAGACAAUCCACAGGACCAGUUCAGCAGGCACCUAACCCGACCGCCACCGGACUACAAACAGACCAGGAGCCUGGGAGGAGGACCACCUGGGACCCUCUUCACAGGUAUGAACCCCUCCCAGUCCAUGAGCAACGGUCCUGACACCGGCCUCCCACCCAUGGCCUGCCACUUGCCCCACAACCCUGGCCCCAAGAUGAACCCCGCUCCGGGGGACAGGAGGUUCGGCGUGGGCGGCGGAGGUCUUCCAGGCCCCUGUCUCGGCCCCUUCCAGCCGCAGACCAACCAGCACCGCAUGGGACUCGCCGGCGCUGCCAACAAGCCCCGCCUCCAGCGGCCUGGCGCCCAGGGAAGUCCCUUCUCCAUGAACGGGGCACCGCCCUCCAGGCCCUCCCUCGACCAGCAGGCCCCGGCUCCAGGCCCCGGUUCGGGGCUUGCGGGGCUGCUGUCGGGGGUCAAUGCGGCCUGGCUCCCGGGGAUGAAGCAAGGCCAGGGCCAGGGGGUGGCUCCCGGGCUGGGUGGUGGCGGUGGCGGUGGUGGUGGUGUGAGGAGGCUCACCAACCCACCGCCCCCACACGGCACCAAGCUGGACGGGUCAUCGAACCAUGCAUACCAGCAGAGGCACACCGGCCCGCCCAACCAGGUGGCACCAGACAUGGGCCCGCUCCUCGCUAUGAACCCCGCCCUAAGAAACAACCUGCCCCCCAGAACCAACCAGCCCAUCCCGGGGAACCCCAGCCAGUCCUCCCCGGAGCAGAGGGUGCCGGCCGGGAACUUCUCGGGGGCAAGCCCGUCGCCCGGUACCUACCAGAACAACCGGGUCAACCGGCUGACCUUCGACUUCCUGCCCGAGGGGGACAACACGGUGCCGGGCAUCAACACAGACUCGGACUUCAUCGACUCCCUGCUCAAGUCGGGCUCAGGGAACGACGACUGGAUGAAGGACAUUAAUCUGGACGAGAUCCUCGGAGGUCACUCCUGAACCUCGGAGUCGGGGCAUGGGAGAGGCGGACCCCCCGUCGUUACCUAAAGGGUUGUCUCACAUGUCAGACCGUAGAUGACCUGUCUGAAGUCUGAUGGAAGACCAGCUCAAAACGGGUUGCUCCCUUUUCUCUCACUUAUUAUUUUUUUUGGACCAAUCAUGUUUGCUGGAGACAUCUUUAAGCAUGUGAUUGGAUAUUAACAGCGAACCUGGACUCGGCCAUCGAUCGGAAGAAAAACUGUCUGUUAUGGUUUCAAAUGAACUUGACUGGCAGACUGGCCACUGUAGAAAUACAUUAAUAAAAAUCCUUUCCAGAAAACGUUGUCUACUUAAGUGAAUCACUUUUUCUACGGUAAAAUAUCUCCAAGGCGUAACGCCGCCCCUCCAGUUGUUGGUUUCCCAGCCCAGGCUCUGUGCUGUCUCGCCCCAGAAGUUCUGCUAUACCAUAGUAGGACUGCUGGACCUAUUUUGCGUGAGAGAGUUACAUUUGUAAAUUAUGUUAAAAAAAUAUUUUUUUUAUAAACUAAUUGUAUUGUUUGCUAUCCAAGUAACAUGUUUUGUAUGUAUUGCCGUGAAGUCGUAUUCUCUCUGUAGUUCUCAGGUCUUUUGUUCUGGGGAAGAUGACAGAGAAAAAGAGUUUUGUCACGGUGGCCAUAUUUGUAGUCUUUGUGCCCAUGUUGUGGUUCAUAGAUAGAGGAUACAAUAACAAAUGCAAAAACAGUGGGGGUGAAAAUCAUUGCUGUAUUCUUUAAAAACCUAUUCUUGCAUUAUUGAGCGUUGUUUCCGUAUAAGCAUCCAAUAUAUAUAGCAUGAUAUUAACCUAAAACAUUUUUCUUUUGUUUAUAUAUCAUGUACAGUAUAUCUUGACACAUAAUUAUUUUCCUACUUAUUCUUCAAACUUUUCAUCUGUGGUAGAUUUUGAUGCAAAUAAAGAAUUGUAACCAUUUGAUUUCUUCCACAUAAUAUUUAAUAAAUAUUGGGAUAUUGUAAUUUGUGUAAUUAAUAAAGUUGAUUGAAAAGG